AUGAUCGUUUUCGAUUUAACUUCACAGACAUCUGUGGAUAACAUCAAACAAUGGGUGGAAUUCGUUCACCAGCAUAGCUCCAUGCCCUUUAUAAUAGUUGGAAAUAAGGAAGAUUUAGUUGAUGAACAGAUUAUUACCCCAGAAGAAGCUCUGAAGUUAGCUUCCUCAGUUCAAAGCCAGUUUUUUGCUACAAGUGCUAAAAACGGAAAUAAUGUCGACUUAGCUUUUCGACAAUUGGAAUGUAUUGCCGUUGAAUAUUACACGAAUUCUGGAAGAACCGCUACGGUUGUUAUUGAUCCAGAACUCCUACCGCCUCCACAUGGUUGCAGUUGCUGA